AUGGCGGGGAGCACCGCCCGGCGUCGGCGAGAAGAAGCCAAGACAGAGCCAAAGGCCCCAGGGGAAGAAGCCAAGCCCCCACAUGUCCCUGAGUUGCUCCCUGCCUUCCCGGGCCUUCCUCUUAGGAUAUGGAUGGCUUUGCUGGUGCUUCUUGUGUCCGCAGCCGCUGUCAUACUGGUGAGCACAUGGAAGCCUGCAGAGCAUCCAGGAAAGCAGACAGACUUCGAGGUGUGGGCAAGUGCCAGAAGAAACCUUCCAGAUGCCCUGCAGAUGAAGCUUGCUUUAACAGGCUUUGGCCUUUGUGGAAUUCCUCGCCGCGGCAAUCGCUGCGCACGCUUCGUGCUGGACGGAGUUGUGCCGGCGGCAGAGGUGAAGGAGCUUGCAGAACUCCUGCAGUGGCUCGUUUCUGAGGCCUGGGGAGCUGGGUCGGGUCCACCAAGUGUGGUGGAUCUGCAUGCAGAGACCAUCUCCUACAAGGACCAACGAGGAGUGGCAGUCAUGACACUGAAAGAAAAGAGCGAACUGCAGCAGGACAACUUCGUAAACCUGACGAUGUUCAUGGAGUUCAAAUCCCUGAAGUUUACGCAGAAGCAAGUGGAGGCCUACAGCAGGGUGCGGCAGGCACUGCGGAAGCAACUGUCGCGGCUUUUCGGAGUCCCGUUGGAAGGGCUUCAGCACGACAUGACCUUCUUCUCUCACAUCAAUGGCAGCAAGACGGCGCAGACAACCCACGAUGAGUAUUGGCACUCUCAUAUUGAUACGGAGCAAUAUGGCACCUUCGCGUACACCGUCCUGCUGUACUUGAACUCUGCAGACCAUGACUUCGAUGGUGGUGAGUUCAUCUUCGAGGAAUCAAGGGGCAACGGUGUUGUUGUGCCUGCUGCGGCGGUUGAGCCCCGGGCUGGACGGGUUGUGGCUUUCAGCAGUGACGCGGAGAACCCGCACAAGGUCCUGAAGGUGUCCAGGGGUGUCCGCAUGGCGCUGACGGCGGCUUUCACUUGCAGCCAGGAGCAGGCCGCAUCGAUCCAAAGCUUUCCGAACCCUUCGAUGGUGGAGUGGUCCGGAACAGCAGCUGAGUAG